ACCUUUCCCCAGAGUUGCUCCCCGCACGGAAGGGCAGGGUGGUCAGGGGGCCGGGAAAGCAUGAGGGGCGUCUUUCUUUUCGUGGUUUGCUUCUGUUUGGUCCGAAGGAACACAGGGGAUAUCCCACCAGGAAUUAGAAACACAAUCUGCCUCAUGCAACAUGGGAAAUGUAGACUGUUUUUCUGCCAUUCUGGUGAGAAAAGAAGUGACAUUUGCUCUGAUCCUUGGAAUAAGUGCUGUGUGCCAAAUAUUAAGGAAGAAGAAAGAGAGACACCUCCGGAUGAUGGCAGCUCUGGAGCCUAAAUCUGGGCUCCCGGAUGGCAGAGAUCUGGAAGCAUCCCAAAGGCUCAGAAGAGUCGAGGCUGGUAGUAGGUGAUCAAUAAAUAUCUGUUCAAUAAAUCUACCACCAAAGAGGAGGGUCUGAUGAAAGAAUUUUCUUGAGAACCUCCU